AUGGAAAUCUGUUUACCAUAUUUGCUCAUUUUCUUGUGCUUUCUCAGUAUAAUUAUACUCUACAAAGUAUCAAGAAAUCGUCGCAAAUUGCCUCCAGGCCCCUGGAAACUUCCUAUAUUGGGAAAUAUACACCAGAUAAUAGGUUCACUCCCACACCAUGCACUAAGAAAAUUAUCACAGGUACACGGCCCCCUCAUGCAUAUGAACUUCGGCGAGCUCCCGGUCAUCGUCGUCUCGUCUCCCAAAAUUGCCGAAGAGAUCACCAAGACCAACGACGUCGCCUUUGCUAAUCGAAUCGAGCUCAUGCUUCCCAAGAUAGUACUGUACAACGCCACCGACAUCGCGUCCGCUCCUUACGGGGAUUACUGGAGAUUCAUGCGCAAACUGUGCGUGCUCGAGUUUCUCAGCCACGGCAAGGUUCGGUCGUUCCAUAGUCUGAUGGAAGACGAGGUUUUGCGCCUCGUGGAUUCCCUUCGGGAUUCCCAAGCGAUGCCGGUUGAUUUGAGUUGUAGGGUUUUAUCUGCUGAGUGCCGGAUCAUCUGCAAGGCCAUGGUGGGGCGUGUCUGCGGGAAUCAAGAGGCGUUGGUCGCGAUCGUCAAGGAAGCAGUGGCGAUUGGAGCUGUUUUCAACGUGGCGGAUCUGUUCCCGUCGAUGAGAUUUCUCCAUUUCUUGUCGGCCGGGUCGCGGGUGAGGCUGCAGAGCAUGCACGACAGAGCCGAUCGUAUUCUCGAAGACGUCAUCCGGCAGCACGAAGAGAAGAGGUUGAGUGGAAUUGAUGAUUCAUUGGAGGAAGAAGAUUUAGUUGAUGUGUUCUUGAGGGCUAGUGAGAGAGAGGAUCUUCAAGUUGCCAUUACUAGGGAUAAUAUCAAGGCCAACAUAUUUGAAAUGUUCAUAGCCGGAACAGAAACCUCGUCGUUGGUGAUCGUGUGGGCGAUGUCGGAGAUGAUGAAAAAUCCACGAGUUUUACACAAGGCACAAGCAGAAGUGAGACAAAUUCUCCAAGGAAAGGAGAGAUUCCCAAAAACCGAAAUCCAGAAACUGAAGUACCUCAAACAGGUGAUCAAUGAGACCUUGAGGCUGCAUCCACCAGGUCCCCUACUCUGCCCGAGGCGCUGUCGGGAGGAGACGAGGAUCGAGGGAUAUGACAUUCCCGUCGACACAAUAGUGAUGAUAAAUGUGUGGGCCAUUGGAAGAGACCUUGAGAUCUGGCCGGAACCUGAGAAAUUCGAGCCAGAGAGGUUUCAAGACGUGGCAACUGAUUUCCAUGGCAAGCAUUUUGAGUUAAUACCGUUUGGUGCAGGAAGAAGAAUGUGCCCGGGGAUCGCGUUCGGGAUAGCAGGCGUGGAGCUCUUCCUUGCUCAUCUGUUGUACCAUUUUAACUGGAAAAUCCCAGGUGGGAUCAGUCCAGAGGAAUUUGACAUGACUGAGAAGUUCGGUGCAUCGGCUGGGAGGAAGAACAAUUUGCUCCUCAUUGCAGACUUCUUGAUUUCCUAGGAGAAUAUAUGAUAAUAAAAGAAACUGUGAUACUUCAAGACUAGAAAUUAAACAUGUGUGAG